AUGUUUGUGGUGCCACUUCUUGCGCUGAUCAUGCCGGCCUGGAGCUGUGGAUCUCUUUGCAACCUCUCAGAGGGUGACGUGAAAGGUUUCGUUCAGAUUCAUGCCGAACGGCUUCUGGAUGACCCAUACUCGCAACAGUACGAUCGGUUGCAUCGACGCCACCGUCGACAGCACCGUCGGCAAGAUCGGAGGUUCCGACGACGGACAACGACCACCACGACCACUUUGUUACCGGAUGUGAUCAAUCUUUUGAAGGCAUUGGAAACCUCACGAGAAGCACUUGAAGCGACCUUCUCGGCCCUGGCUGAUGGCCUUACGGGCAGCGACGCGAGAUUGGUCAGGGACUUCUCCAACACAUGGUUCAGCAUGUCAGGCAGCACGUUGCUGGCAACAGAUUUUGUCAUCAACUACGCGGCCAAUGACACUUACUACAACAACAAUCUGGGCUUGGUGGAUGCUUUGAACACGAUUGUUGGUUCAUUGUCUGGGUCUGGAACCGCGUCUCUUCUUCAAAGUCGGGCCUCUGCUGUGGACGACUCCGUGGCAGACAGUUGCGGCUACCUUGCAACUUAUGCGGUUCCAGUGUUUGGAGAGGGCAAUCUCCAUGAGAUGCUGACAGAGCUGCAAGUUGUUUGUGGCAACCCCAACGUGGCUGCAGCGUUGCCUGCCGCGGCAGAGCCCCAAGCUGCUGCUUUGAUUGAAGGAGUGGAAGUGCUGGAGACUGGAACUACUUCCACAACCACACAAACAGCCAGUACUACAACUGGUGCUGCCACCACGACCACGACCACUGGCACGGCAGCUACCACAGCAGCCACAACACUAGCUACCACGGCAGCUACAACGGCAGCCACAACAGCAGCUACCACAUCAGCCACAACAGCAGCCACCACAGCAGCCACCACGGCAGCUACCACAGCAGCCACAACGGCAGCCACAACGGCAGCCACAACGGCAGCUACAACGGCAGCCACGACAGCAAGCACUACGGCAGCCACGACCACAAACACGAGUGCCACCACCACUACAGCUGCUGACGGCGUUUGGAAGUUCAGCCCAGAUCCAGGAACCUGCGAUGAUGUAUGUGGAGUCGACAACUGCGAUACCCAAAAGCAGGAGCAACUUCAAGGAGCAGAUUUGGUGGCCGUGUCUACAAGCUUGGGCUCGUCGUGCACUCUUGACCCGGGUGUUAACUGGGCAGCUGCCCCUAUGUGGCGAGAGGGCACGUGCUUCCCUUAUGGGGGAGCGGCGGGCAACACCGCAUGUUCUGCCACAUCCACAUUCAAUAAGGGAAAGCGCAUUUGCUACUGCUUGGUCUCGACGACUACGGCAGCGACCACGUCCCCACCGAGUACCACGACCACGACCAUCACAUCGAGCACCGCGACAGGCACGUUUCCUACCACUGGAUGGCAGCUGAGUGCUGCAGGGGGCACCUGCGACGAUGUGUGUGGAGUUGACCUUUGCGACAAGAAUACCAUGGCCAGAGUGAAUGAUGAUGCCACAGUGGCAUCAGUGUUGAGCAGUCUAGGAAAAACAUGCUCGAUAAUUCUUGGGAGGAGCUAUGCAGGGACUCCUUUCUUUAAAGCUCCAGAGCUUUGCGUCUACUACGAUGGUGCAAGCCCAGCGGGGAUCGAUUGCUCAGACACCACAAAUCCUGGCCAUGAAGCCUUGUGCUACUGCAAAAGCUCCCUGAUCCAGAGCGACGAAGACGAGUCAGACGAGCUCAAUUAUGUGGAUGGGUUUCAAUUGGUGCAAGUUACUGAUGCGCCUUGGUCUUGA